AUGGUCUUUCUGCCCAGUGGGCUCAUGCCGCGAAGAGAUCGUGAGAUCACAACCGGAGCACCUAUCUUUGAUGUAUACACACAUCUGCACAAUGUACAUCCCUACUGUCCUCAGCUGUGGAAGAUCCCCGGGUUCCAUCACACAUAUGUAGCUAGGUAUUAUGGUGUUCUUUCCAUGCUCGUCGUACUGCCUCUCCGGCGGCUGCACCUUACCCAUCCCUUCGACGGUGAAAAUUUGACGUUUUACAUAGUAAAACGUAUUCCGCAGGAAAAUGGGAACCGCCGAUUGGCUUCAACAUGCAGGACGCUAGAAUGUCAAAUUUUCACCGGUAGACGGAUUCCAGCCAUUGCCGAACGGAUACCUGUCAGCACCUCUACCUCUACGUACACUGCCUACUAUCUGCUACCUACAUACUUGUUGCUUCAACUGCUCACCAUCAGCAAUCUCGCUGGUGAUGUGAUAUGUUGUUGUAGAGGUAUGCCCUACACUGGGGACCUGCGCCAAAUUUCGAGAGGCACAUGUCGGGGAACAUCUCAUCUGAACGUUACACGGUUGGUCCCUGGAAACGGAGUGGAAUCCGGAAGUGUCAGGCGGAACUGCCUUGACGGUUACCUCCGUGCAAUCAACUUCCCAUCUCAUCCUCCGAACAAUCCUGGUAUCAAGUGUUCACUAUUACAAGGACAAUACCAGCAUCAGCACACACAUACAUUUACACGUUCAUCAGCAUCAUUAUCAUCAUCAUCAUCAAAGCAAAGGCACGAUACGAUUUCCCUGGAUGAUCAACGGCAGCAGAUCUUCGGCCCUGAUCUAAUUCAGCAGAUCAGCCCUUCUCUAGGAGUGGUCCUUCUUCAGCCGAGCCUGGAAUAUCGGGCCCGCCGAUCCCAUGGGAAUCUCGAGAACAAACGGUGCUUCCCUCAUCGUGUUUCUCAUGAUAAGCGGAAUCUGAUCUUGCAGGAGCUGGUACUAGUCGAAAUCAACUGUUAUUGA